AUGGCACUUUCAUCUGUUCCCCAUGAAAUUCGUAGAAUGUUCGAUACCUUGGACGAUAAUGGCGACGGGAGGCUCAGUUUGCAUGAAAUCACUUGCUUCCUCAAUAAGCUUGGAAUACAUCUAACAGAGGAAGAAUUAAAGUGUACGGUGAUGGCUGUUUCUCACAGCGAAGAUAGUAGCUUAACAUUUGAUGAAUUUGUUGAGCUUUACCAAUCUGUUCUGGAUGAGAGCAGUGCAAGAACGAUUACUGGUAGUAAUGAAGAGUCUCAAGAUUUAUGUUUAAUGGAGGCAUUCAAAGUUUACGAUCUGGAUGAAGAUGGGUAUAUUUCUUCUUCUGAGCUUCAACAAGUGCUGAGUAAUUUGGGAUUGAUAGAGCAGGGUAGGCAUUAUUUGGAGGAUUGUGAGAGAAUGAUAUGUAGAUUUGAUGAGAAUUCGGACGGCCUUAUAGAUUUCUCUGAGGUUAAGAACAUGAUGACCACCAAAUCCUGA